AUGCAAAAGAUUGAGAAGGCAGAUUAUGACUUUAAGCCAGAUCAAGCUAUCAAUAAACUCUUAAUACAGGAGAUUAGAAAGGAUUUCAAAGCUUAUAUAAAAAAGCUAGAUGAAGAAUAUGAUUCUGAUAAUAGAAAUCAGUUACAGGUAUCAAACUGGUAUACAAGUAAUAUUAUUGAAUUUGGAUUAUAA